CAUGACGGUAUAAAAGCAGGAUACAAUUUUGCAACGAAUGAUACUCCUCAUCUAGAGCUUGUUAGCUAACUAUCGUAGUAGCGUCGUGCAAAAAUAAUAUUUUAAUACCUAAAAAUUUGUUUCAGUGCUGAAUGUGGCCAGCUAGAUAGCAUCUAAUUGCUGCCGUGUUAGGGUCGCAAAGAAAGGCGUGUCGAGCGAACUGUUGGUGAAUCAAGUGAAGUAAUGCUGCAAUCGUUUGUGCGCUGUAUGACGAUAUUUUUGCCAAUUGUUUCACGGUGACUAAACUACGCUUACCGAAAGUGUUUCCGGCCUGAAAGGCGUGCGAUCGCCGGUACGAAAGAUCCGUCACCUAUAACGAGUGCCCACCAUUACUUUAGACCGGUUCCUUAACGACCGGCGUGCUGAUAUACGAUCGCGACACGUUGUCUAGCAGAAGGUUUCGAAUGGAAUGAUUCUAGUGAUAUAUUGAUUUUCGUUUUUUUUCUCUCUGUGAGAAUCCGCGUGCUGUGUUGUUUGGUGUACAUUUGUGUCCAAAGAAGGAAAGUUAAGAGGAACGAUGAAUGAUGCUGGUAGUGAAAAUGAAAGUUCUAGCAAUGCGUGUUAUAAUGAUCGCGAACCCGGAACUACCGUACAGAAUGCAAUCAAUAGUCAUGGUAAGCUUAUGUUUCGGGAUAAUAGUGUAUCAAUACAAGCCACUCAAGUGUAACAAAAAUGUAAGUGGUAAUUUUUUUUCCAAUGUUCUUGCAGUUCAAAGAGAGUACCACGUGGAAGUAGUAAAAGAUAUGGCCAUAGAGAAGAUGAAACAGAAAAUGCAUGAGAUUGUUGACCGAAUGGGUAAAGAUGUGGAGAAAGAAUUGGAUUUCGCGAUGGAUGAUAUGUUCAGCGAAGUGAAACAAUUUAAUCUAAACAACUAUGAAAGAAAACAAUUGUACAAUGGAAAAUCAUCGAAUGGUACGGAUGCUCAACGGCAGAACUCAACAUUGAAUGGAAAAUUGCCCAAUAAGGUGUUUAGGGCUCGUAAUUCCCUGUUGACAGAUAUGCUGGAAAUAAGGCACAUCAAAACGAUUUAUCACAUUUUCAUCGUGAUGCUGAUAAUUCUUUUCCUCAACACCUUGGUGCACGAUUUUGUGGAUACGGGCAGUAUCAAUCUGGGAUUGCGACCGAUCAUAGCUGGGUUUGGAAAGUUCCAUAUAGCAGUAAUGUUGUGGUGUUGUAUGCAAACUUCCAAUUUCUUACUCUAUCCAUGCUUCCGAAUGUGGGCUGCAAAACGUAAUACCUCUAAUCCGGGAUCUGCUGGACAAAAAUGUUGGGACUGGACCGCAAUCGCACUGUUCAUCUUGUAUCAGUGGGGAUUUUUCCUUGCUGCAAUUGCAUCUCACGUGUGGUUUGACCUUCCACCAGCAACUGGUGUGGCUUACCUGAUGGAAAUGGUUCGCUUCAUGAUGAAAUCGCACGCCUUCGUCCGCAGUAGCGCACCGAAAGCAUUGACAAGCGAUAAAAACGAGACAGACUUUGAGUCGAUUCAAGCAGAUACUUCCUGUCGUCUACCAUCGUUUUCAAAGUAUGUCUACUUUAUGUUUGCACCCACCUUAGUAUAUCGAGAUGACUAUCCACGAACGAGAACGAUCCGCUGGCGCGUGGUAGCUCGUCAUGCGCUUGAGAUGGUGGGAGCCGUUUUCUUCCUUAGCUUCAUUCUGGAACGACUGCUGACACCAUUAUAUGAGAAUUUUGGCACCGCUCAGAUUAGCUCCGGCAGCUUCGUAAAGUCACUGUUCUGUAGCUUACUGCCCGGAACAUUGUUUUCGCUGUGUUUCUUCUAUUGCUCACUGCAUUCAUGUAUGAAUAUCGUGGCCGAACUGACACGGUUUGCUGAUCGGAUGUUCUAUCGCGACUGGUGGAAUGAGUCCACAUUUAACGAGUAUAUCCGCUCAUGGAACAUAGUGGUGUCCGAUUGGCUUUACACAUAUCUGUACAAGGAUUGCGUGGAAUACGUGUUCCGUAACUGUCGACUACUAUCUAUGGUGAUCGUGUUCACUGUUUCGGCAGCGUUCCAUGAGAUCAUACUGUCGUUCACAUUCCGUUUCUUCUAUCCGGUAAUGUUUGUGCAGUUCGAGUUCGUGGGUAUACUGCUGCUGAUAAUCACGCAGCGUAUGGGAAAGGAUACGGGAAAUUUUCUGCUAUGGUUGGCUCUUGCAAUAGGCAAUGGAUUGCAUCUGAGUUUGUACAGCAUGGAGUACUACGCGCGGCGAAACUGUCCGGAUGUUGGUAAAUCUCUCGUGGACUAUUUAGUACCCGUAUCAUGGUUUUGCAACGGCAUAUCGCAUAAUCCCAACUGGACCAUCACGGCACCGUGGAAUCUGCAGUGACGAUAUAGUACGAUGGACCAAAGACUGAAAUAGAUGUAAGGGUAUUAGUAUUAGUUCUUUGGUGUUAUGUUUAACGAGUAAUAAAAGAUUCUUAAUUCUUACGUUCUUUAUGUUUUAUUCAAUCGAAAACUCCAAUCGAGUGUCGUAAAAACACACUCGCAUAUAUUAUCACAAAUCGUCUGUUUU